CAAGAACACCAAGACAACGAACAGAAGACACAACAGAGAGAGGAGCACCAUUGAGAUACAAUUGAUUAUAAACGUACGGAAAGAGGUUGAAUGAGAAAGGAAGCCAACAACAUUUAGAAACGUUUAAGGACAUGAGAUUGGAAGAAGACCAGCGAGAAACAGCGUUUAUACAGUUUUGAAUAUGAGAAAAAUUAGAAGAAUCAGUAGAGGAAAGGGGAACAAUCAGAAAAAUAUCAUCAGUAAAGAGACAGAUUUCACAAUUAGAUAGAAGUGACAGAGGUAGAUCGUUAAUAAAAAUAAGAAAUAAAAAAGGUCUGGAUGUAAAACACUGAUGAUUGUUGAAUUGAUAAACCUUACUUUUCUCCAUGUAAUAAUGAUUAUUUAAAAACAAAAUAUAUUUUUUUCUUUUCUGACACAUUGAGUUUACACUGCUUUUCAUUCUAUCUCUAGAGAUUGAGUAAUACAGUCUAGAGUAAGAAAAGUCUCUUUUAUGUCAAAUCCUGUGUACUUUUCUACUGAGUAGAAAGUACUUUUAACCACUCAGUGCUGUUUAUUCUUCAAAUAAGGAUUUAUUUAUUGUCUACUAGUGUCAUCUCGCAUUGAUUUGUGCCAUACGUCAUAUGUUAUCAUGACAACUACCUCUAGAAAUAUGAAUUGCAUUAACUCAGAAAUCAUUAAAAAAAAUGUGAUUCAUUCAAACAAUAAGAUAAUUUUACUUAUAAAAUUUAUUUAAAAUAAAUUUCAUUCACUCAAGAUACUAAUGCACUUUUUUACAUCGAACAUGUUGUAUGAAUUUCUAUGACUCAUCGAUUCUUUUAAUCAUAUGAUUCUUUUCUAUUCGUUUUCUUUCUACAUACUAUUUUUUUUCAUUUUCCCACACAGAUAAAUUGCGUUGCAUCAACGCAUAGACAAUCACUCAAUUUUCAAUAGAAGAGUGAACUAAACGUAGAACAACGCUGAGAUUCAUAAUGUUUAACUGAGAAAUUCUGGAUACACAUUUUUUUUUUAUUUGUUAUGUGUGAACGUGUCGAAUGGUCGCGUUUUUUCUCUUAUAGCGAGAGAAAAACAUCUAUGCCAGCUGUUGUUUGAGUAAAAUAUUUAUGGUGAAAUCGGUACUCUCCCAAUGUUUAGUCAUCUCUUUUUUUUAUUUUUUUGUUACGUCUAUUUAAAAGUGUAUUUAUUUGCUUUUCCUCGAUUAAUAAAGUCUCUUUAUAUAUUUUUUAGAUUUCACUUAUUCUACUUAAACAGUGUAUCAAACAGAAAUGGUCGAAUUUAAAUUAUCAAUAGUAAAACCCGAUUCAACAUUUGAAUGUCGUCGUAUGACUUUACCGUCGUCAUCGACAAAUAUGUUGAACGAUAUAAAAGCAAAAUUAUACGAAUUUUAUCCACAAUUGGCAAAUAUGAACAUUAAAUUUGAUUAUGAAGAUGAUCAAGGUGAUUUGGUGACAAUUUCAUCAGGAUCUGAACUCGAAUCGGUAUUAAAACAACAUCCACAUACACAUUUAUUCCGAAUUAUUUGCACAUUUAUAUGGGUACCACCUCAACAAGAACCACCGAUUCGACACAUUGGAGUUAUUUGUGAUGGUUGUGAUCAAACCCCGCUUGUUGGUAUUCGUUAUAAAUGUUUGCAAUGUUAUGAUUAUGAUUUGUGUGAAAAAUGUUCAGAUCAAAAAUUAAUACAUCAACAUCAUGUUCUAGCUAAAUUAAGAAAACCAAGUCAGGUUGAAGUUGUUCGUAAAUUGCGUACACCAUGUUUAUACAACAACAAAGGUCAACAACAGUCAUCAUGUGUUACGCAUCAACAAUCUGCAUCACCAGUUCCACCUGUACAAUUGAUUUCUAAUUCUCCUACGGAUCCUGUUAAAAAUGAUUAUUACAAUAAACAACCAAUGGCUACCGUUGUCUUGUUGAAUAAUGAGGGAAAAAUACAAGUUGUUAAUCCUCUACCACAAGUUGUUAUUGAUAAAAAGCAAAGUCCAGCGGCUCCCGUAGCAGUUGUUGAACAAGAAACAAAAAAGAAAAAUGAUGUAGCCGAUACGAUUGAUGGUGUUGAUAUUGAAAUAAUUGAUCGGGAUGCGUUUGAAAAAGAUUUUAUACAAUUAAAUGCCAAUGAUUUACAUGAUCACGAUGAUAUGGUAUGUUCGAUUUGAGUUAGAAAGUAUACUAGAUGUAACAGGGCAUAGUUUAGUUUAGUUGAUUUAAUAUGAGAAUAAUGUUUGUGUUGCUGCUCAUACGAGAGCAAAACCAAAAUUGCGAAAACUUUUACCAAGUAGACAGGACGGUCUGAUGUUUCUCUUCUAACUUUCUAAAGAUGUUUCAUUUUUUGACAAAAAACCAGUGUAACAUUGUGUAGAGAAACAGGCUGACAUUCUUGUGUCAACUUUCUUGUUCUUCGAAGCAUAAAAGUCUCUUAGAUGAAAGUCUGUGCGUUCUAUCUGUCAAAAUAGAUAAAAAGUUGCAAUGAAUAUGAUGGUCACGUACAUGCAGCACUAUUUUCUACUUGUAUGCCAAAUUUUCUUGGGAAAUAGAAAUCUGAGCUGAUUAUUUAGUGCGGUUGAUCUCUUCGAUUUUGGCCAAAUCCAUAUUGUUUCUGAUUAGUUGAUGAAGGAAUAUCACAUGUAAUAAUCUUGUUUGCUAACCAGCUGUUUGCAUUCUCCGUUCAUAGCCAGAUUUAUCUCAAACAAGUCUCUUAUUUUUAUCUGUAUUUUAGACUUCUCCCACAGUUGUUCUUACUGGCAAAAAUUAACGAAAUUAUUAUUGGCAAACUAACUCAUUGUUUUGUAGUUUUCGAUUGUAAAUAGCUUUUGAUUUUCUUUUUUGACUUUUUCUCCUUUAUUUCAUUGCGAUCAGUUUUUUAAUCCUGCUGCUUUAUUGUAUUGUAAUCAAGAUUCUUCUUUCUUUCUGCUACCUGUCCCACUUCUAUCUAUCAUUCGUAGCCUAUGUAUAUAUGAUUGUUUUUCCAAAGAAACUGUAGAAAUGAGUUAUGUGUGCUUUUAUCUUGAUAAAUAUGUGACAGUGGUGUUCUUAUAUUUGAUAUCAAAAUAAAAUCUAAUGAAAGUAAAAUAAUACAACUCAACAAGGAAUAUACCGACGGCUAUCGAACAAUUGUUCUGUCUUCUGAUGAGCAGUUAUUACGAUAACAGAAUAUAGAAUCGAUCCUUCAGUUAUGAUUUUGAUGCAUGCAGCAAACUUCUGGUUUCAACUAUCAGAAUAGAUAAGACUUUAUUUCCUUGAGAAAGUACACGGUAUGUCUUACGAGGAAAGGACACCAACUGGCAAAUCGCUUUUGGCCUAAAACUAAGUGGAAAAUAGGUUAUCGACUAUGCUGAUUCCGAAUAUGACAAUGAUUUGGGCUGAUAGGCCUUUGGAGACCGGGUCCCUGGAAACCUGGUUUUCCAAGG